UUGACUAAUAGAAAAUUCCACACAGAAACACCCACUCCACUCUCUCCACUCCUAUAAAUCCCACUCGAAUCUGCUUCUGCUUCUGAAUCAACCAAAACCCAGUUUGCUUUGUGUCUUUUUUCCCUUGAUUCAUCAUCAAUGGCUGAAGCAUGCAGAGUUCGGAGGAUGAAGCUUGGGAGCCAAGGCCUUGAGGUUUCGGCUCAGGGACUUGGUUGCAUGGGUCUCUCUUCCUUCUACGGCGCUCCGACACCUGAAACUAACGCCGUCGCUCUCCUCCGCCACGCCAUUAACGCCGGUGUCACGUUCCUAGACACUUCAGACAUAUACGGCCCCGAGACUAACGAGCUGCUCCUGGGCAAGGCUUUGAAAGACGGGUUGAGGGAGAAAGUGGAAUUAGCGACGAAGUUUGGGAUCACUUCUUCUGAAGAUGGAAAGUUUGGUUUCAGGGGAGAUCCAGAGUAUGUGAGGUCUUCUUGUGAAGCAAGCUUAAGGCGUCUUUGUGUUACCUCCAUUGAUCUUUAUUACCAGCAUCGGAUUGAUACCACUGUCCCCAUCGAAGUCACGAUGGGAGAACUGAAGAAGCUUGUGGAAGAAGGUAAAAUAAAGUAUAUCGGUUUGUCUGAAGCUUCAGCUUCAACUAUAAGAAGAGCACAUGCUGUUCAUCCCAUAACCGCUGUGCAAAUAGAAUGGUCCUUGUGGUCGAGAGACGUGGAAGAAGAUAUCAUUCCUACUUGCAGGGAGCUUGGGAUAGGAAUUGUCGCUUAUAGCCCUCUAGGAAGAGGUUUCUUUGCAUCAGGACCUAAGCUUGGUCUACCGAGGUUCCAAGAUGAGAAUCUUGACCACAACAAGAUUCUCUACGAGAAAGUCCAGGCGAUGGCGACAAAGAAAAGCUGUACUCCUGCACAACUAGCCUUGGCAUGGGUUCACCACAGAGGAGAUGAUGUAUGUCCCAUUCCAGGAACCUCCAAGAUCGAAAACGUAAACCAGAACAUUGGAGCUUUGUCCGUGAAGCUCACCCCUGAAGAGAUGACUGAGCUUGAAGCCAUUGCCCGACCGGAUUUCGUGAAAGGGGAACGAUAUGACAACAACAUGGUUACUUACAAGGACUCGGAGACUCCACCUUUGUCUUCUUGGAAAGCAGCAUAAAACACAUCUUUGGACUGCGGAAGUUUCUCUGUUCUGCUGAGUUUAUGAUCUGUUUGGUAACUGGUUUAAGGGUCUACAUGAUUAAGGCAUUGGCCAAAAUCACGGUCAUAUGAUUGUGUGUGUGUAGUAACUGUGAAUAAGUGUGUAAUAUGGUCUGCGAGUUUGCAAUAAGAAAGAGGCAAUGCCUAAGAAAGAAAAGUUUAUGUGAGUGUGAUGUGUCUUUUUAGGUUACUUGUGUUGCAAUGUAAUAAAUGGAUUAUGAAUGGUUUUGUCGUUGACUGCUUGUCACAGAUCUUUCUUUUUAGGUCUUACGAGAAAUUGAUAAACAAUAACAAAAUAGGUUGAAGAGAAAUGUAAGAGCUGCUUUUGAGGCG